CUGCUGGAGCUGCAGACACGACCUACAGUAGUGGCCCAAUUACCCUGCAAAAACUGCUCUCUAUCCAGGGAUAGGGCAGCGACUGGUUUACACAGCAGGCGAGUGCAGUGCUGAUGUAAUGCUGGAGGAUCUGGCUGUGCACUGAGCCUUCCAUGGCUGUUGCCACCAUGGACUCUGAGUCAGCCCGGACACCUCAACCUCAGGCCACCCUGACAAAAAGAAGCCGUUCCCUGUUCCCUGCUGGGGCUCUGAGCGCCAAGCUGGGUCCUCAAGGGAAGCACUAUGUCUGUGGUUCUAUUGCAGCUUUUACCAAUAUUGUGGUUACCUUCCCCAUCCAGAAGGUGUUGUUCCGCCAGCAGCUUCAUGGUGUGUUGGCCACUGAGGCGGUGCGACAGCUCCAGAGGGAUGGCCUGAGGAAUCUGUAUCGAGGCCUGCUGCCUCCGCUUCUCCAGAAAAGCACUACAGUGGCCAUCAUGUUUGGCCUGUAUGAGGACUUCUCUAGAGUCUUACUAGACCGGGUUGGUAGCAGCGGUGUGCCAGAGCUGAUCACGCGAAGCUUUGCUGCAGCAUUGGCAGGAACUACUGAGGCCAUCCUAACACCAUUUGAGCGUGUGCAGACUCUCCUACAAGAUCAUCGGCACCACGAGCGCUUCAACAACACAGCCCACACUUUCCGGACACUUCUCACCGAGUAUGGUGUCAGAGAAUGCUACCGUGGCCUCAUGCCUAUACUGCUGCGUAAUGGCCCUAGUAAUGUUCUCUUCUUCGGGCUCAGGGGGCCCAUUAAAGAGCAGCUCCCCGAAGCUACUAGCAGGGUUGGUCACUUGGUUAACGAUUUUGUCUGUGGAGGGGUGUUGGGAGCGGGCCUUGGCAUUAUGUUCUACCCAUUAAAUGUGGUAAAAUCACGGGCUCAGUCUCAGGUUGGCGGAGCCUUCCAGCCUUGCAGGCAGGUGCUGUUAACAGUGUGGAGAGAGCGAGGUGGCAGCCUGGCCAAGCUCUUCAGAGGGGCCCACCUCAACUACCACCGCUCACUUCUGUCCUGGGGGAUCAUCAAUGCCACCUACGAGCUGCUCCUCAAGCUCAUCUGAGAAGCGGAGCGGAGAGGUGGAAAUAGAAAUGUAGAGUGAAAGAGAAAGUAUUUAACAGGAAAAACCUGUAUGGAGAAAUAGAGCCAGUUUGAAGAGAGAAAUCGUAAAGUAAAGCCGUUGCACUUGCUGUCUGGCACUGGUAGUGGGACAGAGAUUCCAUGACUGAAAGAUAGCGGUGAAGUUGCACUUCUGACGGGGGCCAACAGUCAGUGUAAGAUAACCAUAUGCCAUUGUUACUUUUCACUGUUGUCAAAGUGUUAAAAAAUAAGACACACUUUAGCCUAUACAAAACUUGUGCCAGGGUCCAACUGAAAUGACCGCGUUUGCUCUGUGUACAAAAAACUGAAAGGAGCAAAUGGACCUCCAAUGCUUUUUUUCCCCCCCACAGUUAAAGCGAAAGUUACCUGACUGGAUUUGCUGUUUUGUAGGAGAAGCUGUUUCUUUGUAUGUGCUGUGUGCUGUGGUGUUUUGAAGACAGUCCAUCUGUUUGUUUGACCAAGAGCAUGUCCUCUGUGAAGCUAAAUUCUGCCACUUUUGUGCUUUUGAAAUGCCCAAAGAAUUACUGUCAAGGAGAUGCUUAAAAACUCUUGGCCACUUUAUUCCUGCUCGCUCUCCACCAAUUCAGAGUAUAAGAGAUCAGAAGACUAAUGCCUAAGAAAUAGCUGAAAUCAGUAUCUGUGAUACCCAUAUUCUUCAAAAUGCCAUCAAAACAUAGGAAAGUAACAUGAUGGGCAUUUUCUAUUUCACACAUGAUUUAUCUAUGUGAAAUGUUUUGAUAAAUAAUGUUUGUCUUGAUCUAUUUCCUGAAGUGCUACUGGCAGGGUGUAUUGGUUUCAACUGUGAUUGAAUUUUGACAAGUGCCCAUUGAUUUAUAUGUCAGUAAAACAUAACUACACCCAGAUCUUGUCCAUUUUGUAAAGUUAUUGGAAGAGAGAAAUCCUGUAUUUAAUUUUAGUUUCUGUUGGAAGAAAUCAUGAACUGUUGUUGCAUUAUUAAUUGUUGAACUCCUCCUCUUUUGUUGAUGGUAAAGCAAAGUGCUCCUCAGUUUUUGUUUUUCUUUUUAUAAACUUACUCUGUUUUAUUUUAUUCAUGUAUCUCCCUCCUUUUGCUCCCACUUUGAUAUUUCCUUUCCUCACGCUUGCGCUCCUCUCUGUCUGUAACAUCUGUUGACAUAAUGGGCUCAGAUUUCAAGCUUGAGUAGAUGCAGUCACCAUGCUGCAGCUCUUGCCGGGUACGACAGCCCGAAGAGGAAAGGCAUGCUGCUUGGACACUUGAGAGAGGCUACAGAGUAAUAGUACUCAGAGAAGACAGGGGCAGAGGGUAAUGUUCAGUGGCACAAAAAGCUCAAGCUGCCAUGUAAAUGGAUCACUUGGCCUAUUUCUUCAAUUCUCUUCAUUUUGACUGUCCACAGUGUACCAUAUUUCAUGAGAUGUUUUUCAGUAUUUUCUAGGAUUUCCUCUUCGAAAGUAAGACUUUGUAUUUCAAAGUGGGACACCCUUGCUGAUGUUAAAUGCUGUUUAUUACUUUCCUGAAGCACAAGCCACAAGCUCUCUAUUAAAAUGUCAAAUUAACAGUUGCAACUAAAUUAAAUGUUUAAAAUCAAUCCGCUAUAUAUGCUGACAGUGAGUAAGUGUGUUAUGUGGGAGAUUUAUGGGGGAAAAUACAAUAUGAGAUCAUGAGA